AUGGCCCCGACCCUGCUCCAGCGGCUCUUCAACAAAAAGGGCAGCGGCGGCGGCGGCGGAGGCGGCGGGGGCGGAGGCGCGGCGGGGGCCGCUGCCCAGAGCCGGGCGCCCAGGGAAGGACCCGCCUUUAGUUGGUCCUGUUCGGAGUUUGACCUGAACGAGAUUCGCCUGAUCGUUUACCAGGACUGUGAAAGGAGAGGCAGACAAGUCUUGUUUGAUUCCAAAGCAGUCCACAAGAUCGAAGAGAAAACCGAGGAUGUCCCCAUCACCUGCUGCCCGGGUGGCAGCAGCAGCGGCAGCCUCUCUUUGUCGCACGGGUCCGGGGGAUCUCUACAGCACGCUCGGGAGCAGCUCCCCCGGUACCAGUACACAAGACCAGCUUCUGACGUCAAUAUGCUGGGGGAAAUGAUGUUUGGCUCCGUGGCUAUGAGUUACAAAGGCUCUACCUUAAAGAUACAUUAUAUACGUUCUCCUCCACAACUGAUGAUUAGUAAAGUCUUCUCUGCUAGAAUGGGCAGUUUCUGUGGGAGUACAAAUAACUUGCAAGACAGCUUUGAAUCCAUCAACCAGGAUCCUAAUAUGGGAAAACUGAGCGCAAAUCAGAAUAAUUUGGGUCCUUGUCGUACUGGAAGUAACCUAGGUCUGUUGCAGGCUUGCAGCAGCAAACUGCUGCAGGGGGUGGCUGACGGAGGACCGCUCCGCCUCACCCGGAGUGCUUCUUUCUUUGCAGCACACAGCACCCCGGUUGACAUGCCAAGCAGAGGACAAAAUGAAGACAGGGACAGUGGCAUUGCCCGAUCAGCCUCGCUGAGCAGUCUCCUGAUCACGCCCUUCCCGUCGCCCAGCUCCUCCACGUCCUCCUCCAGCAGCUACCAGCGCCGCUGGCUACGAAGUCAGACCACCAGUUUGGAAAACGGCAUCAUUCCAAGGAGGUCAAUCGAUGAGACGUUCAGCUUGGCUGAGGAAACGUGUAGUUCUAAUCCAGCCAUAGUUCGGCGGAAGAAAAUUGCAAUUAGCAUCAUCUUUUCCCUGUGUGAGAAAGAGGAAGCACAGAGGAAUUUCCAGGACUUCUUUUUCUCUCAUUUCCCCCUGUUUGAGUCUCACAUGAACAGACUGAAGAGUGCAAUUGAAAAGGCCAUGAUCUCCUGUCGGAAGAUAGCGGAAUCCAGCCUCCGCGUCCAGUUUUAUGUCAGCCGUCUAAUGGAAGCUCUGGGCGAAUUCAGAGGAACUAUCUGGAACUUAUACUCGGUUCCAAGGAUAGCCGAACCCGUGUGGCUUACCAUGAUGUCUAGCACUUUGGAAAAAACCCAGCUCUGCCAGCGAUUUCUCAAGGAGUUUACUUUCCUGAUCGAACAGAUCAACAAAAACCAGUUUUUCGCCGCCUUACUGACCGCAGUGUUGACCUACCACCUGGCCUGGGUCCCGACCGUCAUGCCUGUCGACCACCCUCCCGUUAAAGCCUUCUCCGAGAAGCGCACCUCUCACUCGGUCAACACGCUGGCCAAGACGCACCCCUACAACCCUCUCUGGGCACAGCUGGGCGACCUCUAUGGGGCCAUCGGCUCUCCGGUCAGGCUGACCCGCACGGUGGUGGUGGGCAAGCAGAAGGACCUGGUGCAGCGCAUCCUCUACGUCCUCACCUACUUCCUCCGCUGCUCCGAGCUGCAGGAGAACCAGCUGAGUUGGAGUGGGCCUCCCGGCGACGGCGACCCGGCGCUGAACGGGAGCAAGAUCACCACCGCCCUGGAGAGGGGCGAGGUGGAGGAGUCGGAGUACGUGGUGGUGACGGUGAGGAGCGAGCCCGCCCUCCUCCCCCCGAUUCUGCCGCCCACCCCUGGGCCCGAGGGGCCAGCUGGGACCUCAGAGGGCGCGGACACGAGAGAUCCGUGCCCCAGAGCCGACAGAGAAGGGGACAAGAGGCCGGAGCUGAGCGCCGAGGCCUGCGACCCCGGCUCUUCGGAGCCAGAGCCUGGCCACCCUCAGAAACUCUGGGAUGUGUUCUGUGGGGAAGGUACCCAAGAGGCAGGGCCAGAGGAUGCCGGGGGGGUCCCCAGCUGUGAGUCCCCAGGGGUGUCAGGACGGACCACCCCGUUGCAGACUGUCAGCCAGGGCCACCGAGAAGACCUGCCCAAGAAAGUCCCAGAGCGCUCAGGGGCUCGGCCUUGCCCAGACUGGCGUCCCCAGGUGGCGCUGCCCGUGGAGAAGGUGACCUUCCAGAUCGGCAGCUCCAUCUCGCCGGAGUCGGACCUGGAGAGCCGCGCCCGGAAGAUGGAGGCGCUGCUGCGGGGCCAGGGACCACAGCCCGCGGCCACCCCAGGCCGGGCCGGUUCCUGCCUGCAGAAUGCACUCAGUGACAGGUGCGAUUGUGCACCUGAUGGGCCUUUCCCCGAGGACGGUGGCGCUCGGACUGGGACGGCCGCCGAUGCCGUGUGGCAGCCCAGCCAGCCUACCCCAAGGGAGCGGACGGCAGGAGCGGCCCCAGAGGCCGCCCAAGGCAUAUCCAUGCAGGAGGCCAGGGGACAGUCGGUGGCCGCCCCGCGCAGGUGUGCCCAGCGGGACACGGGCUUCUCAGCCGCCGCUCGCGUCCCCCGUGGGGAGGCCACCAGGAAGGCCAGGGACAUGCCCCGGAACGAGAGCUCGGACAGUGCCCUGGGGGACAGUGAUGAUGACGCCUCUGCCUCUGCCCCACUGGACCCUGGCCUUGGUGACCUCGCUGAAGGAGCUGCAGAAGUGGAGCUGCCCCUGCCGAGGUCUCAGAGCAUCAGUAGCCUGAAUGUGAGAAACUUUGGGCGCUCUCUGCUGGCGGGGUACUGCCCCACCUACAUGCCGGACUUGGUGCUCCACGGGACCAGCAGCGACGAGAAGCUGAAGCAGUGCCUGGUGGCCGACCUGCUCCACACAGUGCAUCAUCCGGUGCUGGAUGAGCCAAUCGCUGAGGCCGUCUGUAUCAUCGCCGACACAGAUAAGUGGAGCGUACAGGUCGCCACAAGCCAGAGGAAGGUGAUGGACAGCAUGAAACUAGGCCAGGACGUCCUGGUCUCCAGCCAGGUGUCCAGUUUACUUCAGUCCAUUUUGCAACUUUACAAACUUCACCUCCCUGCUGAUUUUUGCGUCAUGCAUCUGGAAGACAGACUCCAGGAAAUGUACCUUAAAAGCAAGAUGCUGUCUGAGUAUCUCCGAGGGCACACCCGAGUCCACGUGAAGGAGUUAGGUGUCGUGCUGGGAAUCGAAUCGAAUGACCUGCCGCUCCUGACCGCGAUCGCCAGUACUCAUUCUCCGUACGUCGCGCAGAUACUCUUAUAAGCUAAAGCUCAGGGCAGUUCUUCCUUGGAAGAAAAAAUAAAUAAAAUGAGACUCUCGACCGAAGGAGAGAGAAAGGAAUACGCCCUCGGUGACAGCCAGAGCACGAGAAGGGCAAGCCGUCAUUCCACCGCUGUUUGUUGCUUUCACGCGGGUGCGCCUCUGGGUUGACCUUGGACACCUUGGAUUUACCUAACAGAGCAGCAUUUGUGAUUCUUAUGACUACUUUAGGCCUUUCGUCACCGGGGAAUCACAGAGAGCGUGGCCUUUGUGGCAGGGGAGCACACAGGCACUCUGCGGAACGCUCAGCCACGGGUACAGGCCGGCUGGGGCAACUGGGAGGAAUUCCUCCCACGUGACCAUGACCGAGCCCCAGACAGACCCCAUUCCACUAAGGAGAGGUUGCCCACUUGGAGGCAUGAGCUUCUCCAAGCCGGAGAGAAAACCAGAAUAAGGACUUGUGACUCUGGGUCAGACUUUGCUUUUGCAUGAAAGGUGAAUUAAAAGGAGCCACCCUGUGCCAUCCCCAGCUCUGGCGAUGCUGCACGUUGCUGCCUGGCCUGCGACAUGAGAGAAGCCGGAGUGCUGGGAAGAGACCCUGGUCUUGGGUCCCCACUGUGUUCGUGUCUCUGCCGAGUUGACAGACGCAGCCGCGGAUGGGUUCCAGACGGGUGUGCUGGUGCAGUCGACCCCAGAACUGAUGUAGCAUCUUAACCCCAUCAAGACGUAGUUUUCUAGAGUGUGCGAUCUGAUGCCCUGUGUUUUACCCUCUGCUUUAGGGCUCUCAGCAGCCUUUGUAGGAGAGGCCAUUUACCAAAGUUGUUUCUGUCGACUCAAGAGAGUUUCUGUUGCUGAUUCCUCCAGCGGACUCCACUUUCUCCUCAUAGUAGUUAAUACAUGAGAUGAUACUUCAAGAGGCAUGACUGUGCAGGUAGCAGAUGAAACCUUACAGCAAUUUUGGGGUGAUGAAUGAAGGUUAUCCAUUUGAAUAUUGACCAACAAUUCAUAUGUAACCUAAAUUUGUACAUUAUCAUCUCUGUGCCUUUGAUGUACUUUUGAAAAUACCUUUGCAGAAAUUUGACGUUCCCAAGAUAUGAAAGCUGCCAAAAUGAAGAGUUGCUUAUUAACGUAGCUCACUUAAAUACACACACACACACACACAUACACACACACACACACACACAUAUUUAAAUUUUCUGUUAAAAGCCUAGUUUACUGACCAUGAAACACACUAUGUGCUGGCAUUCAGGGUAAACAAAAAAGACUUGAAGCUGUUGAUUAUCGUUAAAAGACGAGCCAGUCCAGGAAAGCAAAAACAUUAUGAGCACUUGGCCAUUCCUGAGUUCAUUCUAACCCAGCCUGAUUUCCCUUCACUGCUCUAUACACUUAUUCCCGUCCUUCCCAUGUAUCCACUGUACCCAAGGAUAUAAAGUACCUGCCCUUCUGGGGCUUAGAAGGACUUCACAUUUCCUGUUCGAUAAAAUUCCUCAUCCUGAACUGAACGCCAAGUUCCAGAAGUCUAUCUCUUUAUUCUUGAGCAAGCACAGGGCAGCCAUCAGUUUGAAAGACGAGAGCCGAGUGAGUUCCACUGGAGGAAAAGGAGCAUUUUCUUUCUGAGGCACAGGUCCACGGUGUCUUUUCCCUCUUUUGUUUCACCAUGUGAAAUGUCGAGGGAAGUUAUCAAAGCUCUUAAGGUCUUUAAUUUUUUUUUUUCUUUUUGGGUCACACCCGGCGCUGCUCAGGGGUUACUCCUGGCUCAUGCACUCAGGAAUUACUCCUGGAGGUGCUCGGGGGACCAUAUGGGAUGCUGGGAAUCGAACCCGGGUCAGCCGCGUGCAAGGCAAACGCCCUACCCGCUGUGCUCUCGCUCCAGCCCCAAGGUCUUUAAUUUUUUAUGUGAUGUCUUUCAUCAAAUGGAAGUUUUGUGUCCUGUCUAGUAACCCCCUGGUUUGGUGUUUGAACUGCUCCUAGUCCUGGCCCACACACCAUUGUCGUGUCUCCGUACCUGUGGGCCUGCCCACAGCUCAGCUCUCUGGUCUCUGCUCCUCAUUCCACAGGAGCAAGUGGUCACGGCCAGCGUCACACUCUGAAGCCCUGGGUCACUAGUCCCCCGUUCCUUGUUUACACGUUUUAGGCACUUUCCCUCAUUCAACCACCUUCCAGGGUUUCCACAGACAACAACUAAACAGAGAGUCGCUUCGGUGCUGACAGGCAAGUUGAAAAUCAAACGCAUUUCCUUUUGAGGGGAGCGGGGCUGAAAACAGCUGAUUCCAAACGCCGUCGCAAAAAGAUGUAGCCCCGCAGACUGGAUUUUGCCUCUUCCUCUCAUGUUCUAGAACACACUCUUAGAAAAAUACCUGCAGGUGGAGAGCGUGUGGGGGUUUGUCCCGGCAGCACUCAGAAUUCCCGUCAGAACUCAAGUCUCCGUCUGUUGCCUACAAAAACAGACCAAGAAUGUCGCUGCUCUAUUUUUUUUUUUUUAAAAAACCCUCCUUCAACGAACAUUCGAGUUGUGUUUGUCUUAAAUCCAGCCUCUUCCCAAGAGUAGAGAAAAAGAGGAAACUCAUGGAAUUGCACUGCGAAACCCCUACUCGUGGCUUCAUUCUCUGUUAGCUGGAGAGGCGAGAGAGGGGUCCCGCCCUCAUCUAAAUUCACCUCAAAUGGGAAAAAAAUUGAGAGAGAAAGAGAGUGAGAGAGAGAGAGAGAGAGAGAGAGAGAGAGAGAGAGAGGGAGAGAGAGAGAGAGAGAAAACUACCUCAGUUGACAGGAGAUUCCACCUUAAGGGUUUCUUCCGCUUUUAAGUCUUACUUGUUGAGUGUUUGUAGCUUCUUGCGUUUUCUUUCUUUUUUGUUUUUUUUUGGAACUCAGCUAGGGAGGCUUGACAGAGCAGACAGUUGAGCGUUCCUGUGACAGCCUCUUUCUAGCCUGUUGCAGUUUGUACUUUUUUUUUAAUAGAUUGAUGAGUGAUGCGAAUGUAAAAGCUAGUUGUGUAUGUUUAAACAUGACAAUGAAAAAAUUAAAACUUAGCUUCCAUACUUGUGCAUAAUUCCAAAGUAUUUUAUUUUUAUCAGUGUUAAAUAGCUUUUUGUACAGGCUUCAAUCCAUUUUUCUGGAGUGUGCUGUUUUUUAAUGAGAGUAACUAUAAUCUUUUCACAGCCCAUGGAACCACCGUUUACAUACACAUCACAACUUUUUAAAACCUACCAUAUUUUUUCAAAGUUAACUUUUUUGGAGGGGAGGAAAAUCCCACUUGCUAAAUGAUACUAAACUGUUGUUAGGCUCUUAUAAAUUAGGUCCUGAGAUUUUGUAAAAAAUUAGUUUGUAGCUUUCUAGGUUCUUCACUAGCAGUUGUAUAAUAAAAAUAAAGAAUACAGAGUGACUCCCAAAUUCUUUGAAAUGUCUGGAUUUUUCCACUAAUACGUCCUUUUGAGAGUACUUUGUUCAUGCAUAUUUUCACCAUUAAAUUGAAAAGGCUUUAGCUUCUCUUGCUAAAUGUGAACCAUUUUUUUUAUUGUGUUUGGGAGAAGGGGAUAUUUUAAUAUAAUAUUUGCCCAAAUCAGACAGUUCCCUCGGUGUAUUCAACUUUGAAAUGUCAAAAUUUGGCAAACUGUAUAACUUGGAAGCAGAAUUCAAACAUGCUUAAAUUUAAGUGGUAUUUCAAUAAAGGGGGAAAAUUGGGAUUUGUUAUGAUUGAAGCACCAUUCGUACAAAUUGAUAGGACUUUAUAUUUUUGAUCAGUUAUGUACGUAUCAAUGUCAAUAGGGGAAAUCUUUCUUAAAACUUGUUCUUGUAUUACUUUGAUCCAUUUUUUUUUCUGUGGCAUUUUGGUGCAAUAAAACUUUUGAAUUUAUCU